UUAGAAUGGUGUAUUGCUUAAAAACAAUCCACGUCCAGUAUGUUGCCAUCUAAUACUACCCUUGGUCAUCAACGCUCAUGAUAUUCAAAACUGGAUAAAACAUAGCAACAAUUCUGUCAGCAACCAUUCCGGCUGAACAAGAUGCAAAGCCAACACGUCGCUUUAACAAGCAUGGCCAGCGACAGCGAGCGCUGCCCGCCGGUGACAAGUUAACUGCACAAGCAGCAACGCGAGGCCUAGAAUGCUCUCAUCGGACAAAGACCUCCAAAAGAAAAAAGAACGGACAAAUCGUAGCAGAUACUCCGACAGCAGCCGCUUUCAGUACUCUUCCAGCUCGCGACCGCCUAUCUAUCAUCAGUCCGCUCCCCAUCAUUCAAUUCAUUCCGCCAAUUCAUUCUCCUCCUCCCAAACCAUCAGCUUAUCCCAAGGAAUCAAGCAAAAGAUGUCAAACAGAGCCACGCACUGGUGCUACGUGUGCCGGCGGCCGGUUCGCAUCCGCGGCGGCAGCCAAGACGUCACCUGCCCAAGCUGCGACGACGGCUUCGUCCAGGAGAUGAGCGAGAUGGGACGGAGGACGGCGAGCAGCACGCUCGGUUUCGUCGGGCCAGACGCCGGCGACGAGUUCCUGCUCCGGCGAUCCCCGGUGAUGGAGGCGAUGUCCACCCUCAUGCGGCACGCGGCAACGGUGGGCGGCGACGAGCGCGAGGUCGACGUCCACGACGAGCAUGGCGGCGGCGAUGGCGUGCCUGCGCACGCGAGACUCGGCGUCCUCUUCAGGGGAGGGCCCCGUGUCGGCGUCGAGCGCCGCGGCGGAUACUACCGUGCCGGUCUGGAGGCGCUCUUCGAGCAGCUGCAGAACCAGCUGGGGAGCAGCAGGCAGGGCCCUCCACCGGCGCCGCCGUCGGCGAUCGACGCGAUGCCCGUGGUGACGAUCAGCCGCCGGCACCUCCGCGCCGAGCCGCGGUGCCCGGUUUGCCAGGACGAGUUCCAGCUCGGCGCCGAGGCGCGGGAGAUGCCGUGCGCCCACCUGUACCACGCCGACUGCAUCGUGCCGUGGCUGGUCCAUCACAACUCCUGUCCCGUCUGCCGCCACUCGCUGCCGCCGCCGGCGACCACCGCUUCCGGUGGAGGAGCUAGCGGCGGCGAGAGGCAAGUCAGGCGAGGCUCGCGCUCGUUCCUCUGGCCGUUUGGGCCGACUAGCUCCACAUCUCACUCUCACGAGUGUGAGGAUGGCUCGAGCGACACGACGGUUUACGAAGAUCCUGGUAAAGUUAGAUAUAUUCGAUGGCAUUACAACCAUUGAGACAAUUCCAAUCUGAGUGGGCUAUGGGUUCGUGCAUUUGUAAUGAAAACUAAAAAACAAAAUGUGGUGCUUAAGCUGUACAUGCAUUCAAAAUAAGGCCGUCCAAAAUGUAUAAAACCAGCGGCAUUCAGUAGCAGAUUACUAGGGUCCCCGAACAGUGACAAUUUUUCUCCCGUGGAGCGCAAUUACCAGAUAUAGAAGAGGGUCCAGAAAACAAAAAAAAAAAUAUUUCAUCUA